AUGCAUCCCAAGAUUUUGCCUUUGAUGGCUACUUUCACCAUUUUCGCCACCUUUCUUCUCACUUUAGUCCAGACCGAGGAGCAGCAUAUUGUUCUAAUGGACUUCAAUGUCAUGCCAAAAGCCUUUCAAACUCCACGCCACUGGCACCUAGCCUCUUUGUCGUCGAUUUCGCAGUCAGAAUACCCUGCCUCCAAGCUAAUCUACUCCUACUCCAACGUCAUCAACGGAUUUUGUGCUUCCCUCACCGACUCGGAGCUCGAAUCAAUGAAAGCUUCUCCAGGCUUCCUCCACUCGAUUCACAACUCACCAGUCAAAUUCGACACCACGCACUCGACCGACUUCCUGGGACUCACCGCCGUUUCCUCUCCCGCUUGGGAGUCGUCCAAUUACGGGGAAGGGAUGAUCAUCGGGGUCGUUGACACGGGCGCCUGGCCGGAGAGCGACAGCUACGGUGACCACGGGAUGGGUCCAGCCCCGGCGAGGUGGAAAGGGCAGUGUCACUUCAACAACGGCUCGCUCUGUAACAACAAGCUUGUUGGAGCGCGCGUCUUCAACAAUUCCCUGAUCGUAGCCAACAUCAGUAUGCUCUGCAGCGACUCUCCCCGCGACUGCGACGGACACGGGACCCACACGUCCAGCACCGCAGCCGGUAGCUUCGUGGACCGUGCCUCCUACUUUGGCUACGCUCGGGGAACGGCAAAGGGGACCUCUCCUAAGGCCCACGUCGCCGUCUACAAGGCACUGUUCGGCGAAUAUUCGUCCCCGUGUGACGCCGUCGCCGCAAUCGAUCAAGCAGUUGCCGACGGCGUGGAUGUACUGUCCAUAUCGUUUGGCUACGAUCACAUCCCGCUGCACGAGGACCCAAUCGCCGUCGCAACAUUCGCGGCCGUACAGCGGAAUGUAUUCGUCGCCACGUCAGCCGGGAAUGCCGGCACGGACCUUGGGGCCCUCCACAACGGGAUUCCCUGGGUCCUCACCGUCGCUGCUGGAACAAUUGACCGCCGAUUCCGGGCGCGGCUCAAAAUCGGAAACGGAUUCUCGGUUUCCGGGUCGUCUCUGUACCCGGGAACUCACUCCACCAACGAAUCUCCGGUCGUCUUCAUGGGCGACUGCGCCAACGCGACAGAGGAAUUAAUCAGAGGCAAGGUCUUGGUGUGUCAAGGGUUCAAUCAGCUUCUCAGCCUCAACAAUUCCGGCGCCAUCGGGGGAGUAUUCGUAGCCAAUGUCACCGAAUCGCUCCUCGAAGAAUUGAUCCAGAUUUUACUGCCGGCAAUUUUCAUAACCACGGAGGACGGGAAGAAUGUGGAGAACUACUUGAGGAACCACCCGGCAGCGAAAGGGAGCUUAGAAUUUGGGCUCACCAGCUUUGACUUGAGCCCAGCGCCUACGCUUGCAAGUUACAGCUCCCGAGGCCCAUCACACAGUUGCCCGUUCGUUCUGAAGCCCGACAUAGUUGGGCCCGGAUCAUUGAUACUCGCGGCCUGGCCCUCCAACAUCAAGCCCAAGGAGAACGGCCCGAGUUCUUUACACACCGGGUUCAACCUUUUGUCCGGCACUUCAAUGUCGUGCCCACAUCUCGCCGGAGUGGCAGCGCUCAUCAAGAAGGCGCACCCGGAGUGGAGCCCCGCCGCGAUUCGAUCGGCGAUGAUGACGACGGCGGAUUCGCUCGAUCUCUCCAACCAGCCGAUCAAAGAUGCGGGCAAAAGUGAACGCACGUCCACAGCUUUUGGCAUCGGGGCGGGUCACGUCAACCCCAACAAGGCGCUAGACCCCGGUCUAGUCUACGAUGCCGGCGCGAUCGAUUAUGUCAACUUGCUAUGCGGAAUGAAUUUCACCGCUAAGCAAAUUCGAGCCAUCACACGAUCGUCCACAACCAACCUCUGCUCUGCACCAACUCUCGACCUCAAUUAUCCGUCCUUUAUUGCACUCUUCAGCGUCAAUUACUCAAGCAGUUCUAGCCCGAAUGAGGUCUUGGAGUUUACUAGGACAGUGACUAAUGUUGGCAAAGGGACGACGAGUUACCGACCAACUUUGACGCCGUUGGAAGGGUUGUCCGUUAAGGUGGUCCCCAACAAGCUCGAAUUCAGUAGUGAGGGACAGAAGCUCCAGUUCAAGCUCACGAUUGAAAACAACCAUCCAGUUAAGAAGAAGCCUUUUGUAAGUUCCGGUUAUCUUAGGUGGACAGAAGAUGGAGGUGACCAUAUCGUGCAGAGUGUUAUCUACCAAUGUCGACUAAUUUAUCCCAUUUAG